GAGUGGGGGGAGCUAGGCGAUUCUCGCCGCCGUCCCCAAGCCCCUCAUUUAGAGAUCUGGCAGCCUUAUCAUCGUUACCCCUACAGAUAUCGAAGAAGAUCAAGCGGAUGGAGGGAGCUAGGGGAGCCUCGCAGCUGUCCCCAAGGCAGUUUCAUAGAGCUCUGUCAACCAUUUCAACACCACUUCUACAGGGAUUGAAGAAGGUAUAGAGAUUGGGGGGAAAGGGACGAAUCUCGAAGCCGUCCCCAAGAACGGUUUUCAAAGAUCCGACAACCUCAACUUCGCCGAUCUUCUAGAGAUGAAAGAAGGAAUGAAGAUGAUACUAGACGGACGGAACACACCCAACUCAAGGCAGAGGUUUUUAAUCACAGGAAUCCUCCUAAGGUUCUCAAUCGGAGACCUUUCAAUAACUCCCCAAACGGACGGAACUCAUCCAACUCAAGCCAGAGGAUUUUUGUUGAAGAUGAUGGACCACUACAACUCUUCCACCCUCCUUGGCAGACAAGAAAUUUGAGAGCCUCAUUCCAAUUGGGUAAAAUAGUUUUCAAUCUCUUCCACUCAUAUCUCAACCAAACUUUCUGUUUGGCAGUAGAGGGUAAAAAUAAUAGUAUAAUUUGGUUAAACUCUGAUCUAUUCAAUUGGACUUUGGACUGCCUACUGAGAAUUAAUACUGAGCCAAGUUGGGUGUUUAACAAGUAUAUAGGUAACAGGGUGAUUGUUGUAGCUAUGAAGACAAUGUGAAUCAUGUUCUUAUUACUGAGAAAAGAGUUGAGGGCAGCAGGAAGGUCUCGAUUCCAGUAGGAAAUCAAUUCCAGUUGCUAACAAACUUUACAAAAAAGCUUCAAUUUUUCUUUCGUAGCGCAUUGGAGAACUCAGCUUUUGCCUCACUCAGAAAGGAUUCUGGCAACACUUCCGAGAGAAUACCAGAUAGGGUAAGGCUAAGUACUGGAAACUUUGAAAGUAGAGAUUGUGGAGAAUGGUUUCCAAUCCAAGAGACAUUUAGGCAAGCAAUUUCAGCCUCUAAACCCCUUCUGUGUUGGGAAAAUGAAUCACCUCAGAACUACAACUGCUUCGCAAGGGACUUGGAAUUGUUGGACAUAGAUCGAGGGGUAGGGCAGAUUGAAUUCUCUUGCUCCAAACUUUUGUUUGACUGGGACAUUUCAGGGUUUGGGUGUCAAGCACUCAGUAACGUAGUUGCUCCCCUCAGUAAGGAAGCUGCUCCAAGCUUGCUGAUAGGGAGGGAAGAUGCAUGGUCAGUGUCAGGCGCGUUUGGUCCUCUUGGUUGUGGUGAACUUACAGUGGUCAGGUCGCUGUCUUCUGAAGCUGCCCCGUUUAUCCCCAUUUCCUAUAACUCAUUUGGGGUACUUGAUUCCAAUGAUGACACAACCCUUGAAGAACCGGAGGAGACACGUAAAAUCAUCAACAUUGGGGACAUGAUUGAGAUGUUUAACUGCACAUCUUCUGAUCGGGUGAUGAAACUUAACGCACUUGAGGAUGCAGCCCCGGAAAAUGAUGAACCAGCACUCUACACCCACUCGGAAGGAGAAACCACGGUGUUUAUUGACUCCAAAGUUGAACCAAUUAGAAUAAACACCUCUAGAUGCUCUAAGGUGUCGAUGCUGCUUCCUAAAUUAGCUAAGGGUAAGCCAACCUUUUCACCAUCUCAUAUGGUUACUAGGAGUAGGGCUAAGAUAAUAGCUGCAGGAAGGAAAGAAAAUCCCAUUAAGGGAGUUGGCACAUCUGAAGAUGAGGGAGAGUUUACUGUGAAGGGCAUCCACUCCGCAUUCAAGAAGACAUGCCCGACAAUCGGGGGGAGGAAAAACCAGUCUAGUGCACAUUCUUUGGAAUCUCAACCAAAACAUAGCAAGAAACAGAAAAGGAAGGCCAAACAGAAACUCAAACAUGCACAAACUUUGGCGAUGGCUAACUUAGCACUCAGUGCAAACAAUACAAUGGAUACGGAUGAUAUUGAGGAUGACUAUGAUUUCUCAUAUUAUUUAUAACUCUCAUAUUUGGAACGGGACACCAUGGUUCUCCUAGCCUUCUACGCAGUUAGUUUGGAAGCUGUCAAGGUUAUGCGGGUCUUUUCCCUCUUUAGUAUCUCGUUUAGUAUCAAGCAGUUUUGGCUUAGUAAACAUUAUGGUGGCUGAUUUGUAACCAUUGGGUGCAAUUUUAGGAUCCUUUGUUUUGGAAUAAGACUUUAGAUUACUCUGUUUUGAUCGGUUCUGUGGCCUCAGUUUCUGAACGCAGUUUCGUAGGCUUGUUUGAGCUUCAUUCUGGCUCCUUAGCUCGACCUUUCGGUAUUGGUACUUUGGAAGAGCACUUGACUUGGGAUACUCAAUCCUCUUCUUGCAAGCUCAAGCAUUCAGAGCUUUGAGAGAUGAGAACAAGUCGAUAACACUGGUUUGGUGCUGCAUUUUAAGUUUCUCAGGUCAAUAAGAGUGGGUAGGUCAUAGGUAUUAUGAUAGGGUUCUUUUACAGCACUGGUUUUUGCAUUCAAUGGACAGGAGGCAUGUUUGUUUGCUGGCAGUUCAGGUGAGGAUAAUGGCCCCAUUCAUUAAACUUUUCUUCUAUGAAAUUUGGCUUUGAAUUUUUUCAGCACUUUAGCCACAGGACCACAGAUCUCAAAGCCAGCUUCCUGGUGGACGGACUCAGUUAGAAGCAUGUGACUUGGAGGCCUCCAGCUUUAUAGCAGUUUUUAAGUGGCCCAUUUCAAAAGUACUAUCUAUUGGAUAUUUGUGUUCAUCCGUUUCCUUUAUGGAACACUUCUAUUGUACUAUUUGUUGUAUUCUGCAUUUGGCUUUCUGUCUGGCUGCUUUGUAGGGGCUUGGCCACCCCACUUAUGUACUUUUAUU